AUGACCUCCCCAAGAGAACAUCCUCUUGCAAAGGAUCUUCAUCCAUGUCCAGAAGAGGAGAAGAGGAAAUAUAAGAAAAAGCGCCUGGUGCAGAGCCCCAAUUCCUACUUCGUGGAGUCAGCCCAACUGGCAACAACCAACAGGUCGAAAUGUCAGACGCUGGAGACUUCUAAAAACUCUUUCAAGUUCAAGGCCAAGGUUCAGUGUGCUCUUCUGCUGACCAUGAGAGUGCAUUCCCAUACUGUGCCGGACGUCAGCAUCCUCUGUGACAGCAAGAGUGUGGGCGGACACUGCCAACUCCGUUCAACUGGAAAGAGCCCCUGCCUAUAA